AUGAGCUACGGCCGGCUGCAUGUUCCGAUCGUGCUCGGCUCCUUGCGGGAUCGCUGGUGCGUGGCGCUGAAGCCUCCCGGCUUUGCUGCUGCAGCCGCCCAUCCCACACCUUCAUUGGAAGCGACGCUGAAGCCUUUCCUUCGGCGGGAGCGUUCUAUCUCGUUCCCCAUCAGACCCCAGAAGGAUGCGGAGGGGCUGGCCUUUGUGACGACGGAUGAUGGGAUGCGCAAGUGGAUCGACGAGAUGCUGCGACGAGGUCUGGUUCGCAGUCGGUACCGGGUCUUGGCUGACGUCACAGCCAGAAGUGGCCCUCUCCUUGCGGACGGCAGAUUUCUGGAGUCCGGCCAUCUGCAUGCAGGUGAUGCUAAGUCGGACAGCUUCGACUUCGAGCUCUACAGCGGGCCCGCGACAUGUCCUGCUGACGAGACGAUCGUCACCGCACUGUACCUCGUGGCGGGGACGCCGUCGACGAAGGUGGCCCAUAAGAUCCGGCGCAGCUUUUGGGAAGGAGGUGCCCCGGUGCUGUUCGAUCCCGUGUUUCACACACGCCCACGCCCUGUUGAUACGGACGAUGCGAUGGCGGAGGACACCGGCCUCUGCAGAGGUGCCCUGGCAAUGCAACUCUUCGAGCUGGAGAUGCCUGACCCUUUCCGCUCUUGGGAGACCCUUCGAAUCACUGCCAAGGUUCCAGAGGAGUGGCUUCAUGUCCAUCCUCUUCCAGAGUUCACGGACAAUCAGGCAUUGAUGCAGAUGUGGAAGAGCAAUGCGUCUGGCUUGGCAUUGGAGCGCUCCCACACCAACCUCACCAGCUUGAGCGAAGCCGCUGAUUUUCCUUCUCCUGGCCUGAGCCACGUGCCUUCACUCGGCGAGAUUCAAGAAGAGCUCCCUGGCCACAUUCGGUGUUCCAAUCACAGCGAACGCGACGAUCGGCUUCGUGCUUGCUCCUUUAACUCCGAGGAGCAGCCGACACCACAGGAGCGCAUGGCGGCCUGCUUUCUUGACUUUGCGAUCGUGCCUGUUCCACGAGCGCCUUUGGGGCCCCCAAUUGGCGGGCCAGUGGGACCGUUCAUAUCGGGACCUGGUCCAGAGCUGCCAGUCAAGGCACCGCCGUCACAUGGCAUUUCCGCAAAAAUGCCGCCACCGCAAUUUGAAGUAGUGUCGGGUGGCGUCAUCGGUGUAAAAAUGCCGCCAGUUGGCCCUCCACCACUUGCUCCUCCAGAGAUGUUUUCAACUUCUCUGCCAAUCCUUCCUCCCGGCCUGGGUUUGGCCCCGCCGGUUGGGCCACUGCCAGCCGUCUUGAUGCCACCGCCGCUGGAGCCACCCGCGGGCUUGCUCGCAGCUGUGGACGCCGCAGUGGUGCGCGCAGGGGCUCCGGCAGGACCUGUGGAGAAGUUGGAAUGGCAGGCGCACACGUCGCCUGAGGGUAUCCCGUUCUUCUUUUGCAAGAAGACCGGUGAGUCGAGAUGGGUGCGGCCAUGUGGGCCAGGCGACACCAUCGUGGAAGCGAAAGCGGAGGCCGAGGUGCGAAAAGAGCCGAAGGCCGGGUCACUGAAGGAGAAGCUCGGCGAGCCCGAAACUUGGGAGAGCAUUGGGAAGACAGGAUGGACCCGGGUUGAAACGGACAAGGGCUACACGUAUUUCUACCACAAGAAGCAGAAAAAGACUUCCUGGACUUGUCCACCCGAGAUAGCGAAGGAGGUGGCAGCGUUGGAUGGAAGCUUGGGGGCUGCAGACGAGGAGGGCAAAGAGGAGGAGGAUGGCAAGGCGGCUGCUGAAGAGACACCGGAUGCGCCGGAGACCGAGCCUGCUGAUGGGGACGAAGACGGACCCAAGAAGCAGACGCGUGCAGAGCGGGCAGAGAAGCGGGCACAUCAGGUGGAAGAGGAGCAGAAAGCUGCCAAGGAGAAGGACAAACUGCGGAACUUUAAGCAGCUUCUGGUGGAGAAAGGUGUUCGGGCUUUUGACAAGUACGACAAAUGGGUCCCCAAACUGAUGCACGACCCUCGUUUCACAGCAGUAACCAGCCUCAAGGAAAGAAGGCUCCUUUUCGAGAUGCUUGCAAAAAAGAUCGAAACAGAGAAGCGCAAGACACAGGCCGUCUGCAAGAAUCGAGGGCGAGAAGCUUUCAAAGAGCUGGUGGACAAGGCCGACCAGUUGGACUUGCUCGCAGGGAGAACGGUUGAGAAGGCGCUGGCGAGCAUGGAACGUCGCUUCGGCGAUGAGGCACAAUGGGAUGCCGUGCCGGAGCGCGAUCGGGAGCGCAUGGUUGCAGAGGCGGUUGCCGAGGCCACCAAGAGAGUGGAGAAGCAGAAGGAGGAGGCGCGGGCGAAGUUUCGCGCCGCGGUGACCGAGGGCCUACGGGGCAAGGAGGAGGACCCCCCAGCAUUCUCUAAAGCCAGGCGCUGGCUGGAGCAGGAUCCUUCCUGGGAACAGCUGGGGUCUACGGAGCGCGAGAACCUCUAUGGCCGUCUGGCCCGUGAGCUGAAGGAUGCCAAGAGAAGGCAGGACGCCAAGAAGCGGGAGGUGCAGCAGGAGUUGGAGGAAGCCCGCAAGAAGCGGAAGCUCUCCGAAGCAGAGGAGAAGAUCUUCAGCGUUUUGUCGGAGCGCAUGAAGAACCCAUUCAGCCUGACCUGGGAAGAGGCAAAGCCCGAGGUUCAAGAACUGCAGCUGCAGAAGAGCUUUGGCUUGCGGGACAACGAGCUUGAGCAGCUUUGGCUAGACUACCAACGGAGGGCAAUCGACGCCCGAAGAGAGGCCUGGCUGUGUAUUCUGGAUUCUGCCGGCUUCGAAGUCAUCGGGCCGGAGCUGGAAUUCGAGGAGGUUGUCCAGAGAGCCUUCGACGCCAACACAGACGUAGCCACGCAGAAGGCAUUCGAAGGCAUGCCCGAGGAUGUGCUGAAGGAAAGUUGGAAGCAGUGGCGGGAGCGUGCCUACGAGCUGGCAGUGGAAGACUGUCAGCAGUGGCUGCGCACUUGCCAGCACCUGCGGGGCUGCGAAGACGUGGAGCCCACUGGUGGCGAUGAUUUCGAUCGGCUGAUGCGCAGAUUGGCGGCAAAGGAUAUCCGCUUCAGGAGACUAAAUGGACGGCCUGAGCAGCAGACCAGACUGCUAGCGGGACGUCUGCGAGAACUGCGCAGCCUCCGUGGACAGAAGAAGGAUGAGGGACAAGACACCAAAGGCCUCUGCAAGGAAGAUGCCGGGAUCUCGAGACAGUUGUUCUCAACACCGUUUACACAGGAAACUGCAAGCAAUUUCCAGACGGGGAGCGGCGGCAUGGACUUGGUCUACUCCAGUGGCACGCAUGACAUCUACAAGCAGUACCAUGGACAGUGGCAUGAGGACGUAGAUAUGAUUUUGACUUGGAAUUUGCGUGUAGAGAGUCACAGCAAUGUCACGGCAAAGUGCUUCGAGUCAAGCAGGAAGGCCAUAGUUAGCAUCACGCGUACCUUAUUGCUUUCGAUUUCAGCACGGGCAGAGUUAGGGAUGCCGACCUACCGCUAUGAGGGCCUUUGGAAGGAGGAUCAGCAGCAUGGGCUCGGUGCCGAAGAGCAAGAUCUGGUGUCAUAUUUCGGAAACUUCUCAGCUGGACAGCGUAGUGGCCUCGGCAUCCGGAUGAACCUUGCCAAGCUCGGCUCCAACGGCGGCAUCGAGGUGAUGGACAGCAACAACCGCGCGCUGCCCUUUCAAGACGCAUUGCUCGAAGAGUUGAAUGCUUUGUACCAACAAACCACAGAGCUGGAGUUGCAGCGGAAGUCCUCGCCGAUCAUGGCGGAAGGGCGAGCCGCUGCCAACUCUGUGGCGCCAGGUGGAAGCACCUACCACUUCAGCAAUUCGCAAGAUGCAGCUGCGCGCACGUCGCUUGCCGAUUUGGCUUUCACUUCUCACAGCCAACCAGAGGCGAUUCCAUUGCAGAGUGGCCAGUCCCAGGCCACCAACGAGAGCGGGAGCACAUCGACGGCGAGCGCCAAGAGAAGCACGCCUGCAAUGAUGAUCCCACGCAAUGGGUCUAACAACGAUCUGGGAGAGACGCCAUCUACGCCGGCUUUGCAGCGCACAGUCCUCACCUUGGCUAUGGCCUUGGCAGCUCUCUGCUACUCUGUGGGCUUUGUGGGCCAGGGCCUGCAGCCCACGGGACGCGUCCCACAGACCGCCGCACAUGCAGAGGCCAAGAAGGCACCCAAGAAGAAAGCCAAGGGUCCCUGGGUGGGCCCGAAGAAGGGCUCCUGGGUGAAGAUUUUGCGACCAGAGUCUUACUGGUUCCAGCAGCGUGGUCAGGUUGUGAACGUGAACCAAAAGCCGGAAGUGAAGUACCCGGUGACGGUGAAGUUUGACUCGGUGAACUAUGCCAACGUCAAUACGAAUGGCUAUGCGCUAUGGGAGGUGAUCGAAGCUCCGGCUCCUGGUCCGGGAGAGGCGACUUUCUGCGGCGGUGGCUUCAUGGGGCAACGGAUUACGAGCCCUUCCGGGACCUCCAUGGGCCAAGCGACUCCCAUGCAGUACGGUGUCGUCAACGGGCCUGUGGGCUCUGACCGCCGAAGCUCCAGCGAGAGCGGCAACACGGCAUCCUUUACGGAAACCUCGGGCCGCCGAUUUUCUCCAUCUUCACCGAAUGGCCAUGUUGCUAGAAAGUCUACAGACAGUGCCGAAGGUGCUUUCGUCUUCUCCAUGUACGAAGAAAACGACCUGAUCUCCCCUCAGGUUUCUCGCAUCCAUGGGCGGACAAUUCCGGAGGAAAAGCAAAGCAGCUUUGACUUGGAUGGUGGCAAGGUCAGGAAUGGAAGCAAGGAAGCCACAUGGGAACCAGGAUCUGCACAGUCACAGACCUUGCCGGGAGGAAGGCGCAUUUCCGAGGAUCCGGUGGCACCGCUACCGCCUGCAGCAUCAAAGGCUAGCAAGAGACCGCAGACCAUUCGGAAGUCUCCACUUCUUUGGACAGAGGACGAGCUGGCAGCGUUCAUGGGAUGUUUGGGUCUCAGCACAGACAUCUGCCAGCGCGUCAUGGGCCGUAAAAUCAAGGGCGCCUCGCAGCUGCUCAGCAUGACAGAUGCACAGCUGCGGAAGUACUUGGGACUGGUGACGCCGGUAGAACGCCUAGUCGUCCGCCAUGCGCUCAAACGUCUUCUCGAUGCUGCCCGGUGGGAAAACAACGUGUGUGGUCAUAAGGGCAUGGACAUCCUUAGUGAUUCUGUCCUCAGUCAUUACAUUGUACCGAAAGAGGAGCUGACAUUAGUUUCGAGGAUCUCACAAGGUGGCUACGGAACCGUCUAUCGUGGUGUUCUGGAACCCAAAGUGGACAGGGCUGGCGGCACCUUUCAGGCACGACGAACACAUCUCGUGGCAGUCAAGGACAUGAAGGGAGAGCGUCGGGUCCAGCUGUACGAGCUGCUGAAAGAGGCCUGCGUCAUGGCUUCCUUGAGCCAUCCCAACAUCUGCACGUUUGUGGGUGUCAGUAUGGACCCGGAGAAAAAGAGACACUACAUUAUCUCUGAACUAAUGGAUUGUUCGCUUUUCGACAUGAUUCACCAGCCGUACAAGCUUCGCUGGCAUGGAGAGUUGACGGUGGCGCUGUCCCUGAGCCUGGGGACUGGCAUCAUCUCAGGAAUCUGUUACAUCCAUCAGAAGAACCUGGUCCACGCUGACUUGAAGUCCUCCAACAUUCUGAUUGAUUACACCUCGUCCUCGCGGCACCCUGUUCCUCGCAUCUGCGACUUCGGCCAUGCAGCAGUGCGGUGCCACCCGUCGCCGCACCACCGUUGCGGCACGCCCCACUGGGCCAGCCCCGAAGUGUUGCGCGGAGAGGCGCUCGGCCCGGCUGCCGACAUCUACUCUUUCGGGGUGAUGCUGUGGGAGAUGCUGACGCAAAAGCUUCCACACAAGGACAUGAGCUUUGGCCAGGUCUUGGCAUCGGUAGGUUGGGCUGGCAGCACGCCAGAUAUGGCUCAGCUACCAGAGCUUCCGAAGGAGGUAAAUCGGAUCAUCAAGGAGUGCUUGCGCUUUGCGCCUUCCGAGCGACCCGUGGGCAAAGAUGUGUUGUCCCGACUGAAGCGCUUUCCGAAGCAGGUCCGGGUGAAGACAUUGAGAAUGCUGGCAGGCUUCCUAGGCUACCUGGGAGGCUUAAAUUUGAAAUGGGGCUGCAGCGCUCCUCCUACAGGAGAAGGCAGGCGGUGGUGGACCAAGGAGCUGGAGGAUAGAUGUGACUCCCUCAUGCUCCUUAGGAGGUCUGUGCUGGAGGCUCCCCCCUCUUCCUUUCUGCUGCCAGAGUUUUUUGUCAUCGAAUUUCCCAUUCCAGUGGUUGGCUUUUGUGCCCGGCAGUGCCAGUGA